AUGAAGAGCAUCAAGGAGGCCUUGGUGGCGCACUUGGGCAAGCCCGAGUUGCUCCGGUCUUGCCGCUUGGUGCAGCCUGUCGGCGAGAACGGUGCCUUCUCCUCCUUCAAGGACAACGAGAAGCUGAAUGGUCGCCGUGCCUUGCUGGUGCUGGGAAUCCCCAGCUUGCGGCCAGCAGGCGAAGAGCCAGCCGAAGAUGUACCUGCGGAGAAGAGCUUGCAGGCCAGCGUGGAGCCGCGCAGCAAACCGGAGGUGAAGGUGGCCGUUCCCGAGCCACCAAAGCUCUCCAUGUCGCAGGCUCUGGCCCUUCAGCGCGACUUGUUGCAGGGCUUCUCCGACCCAGAGUUCCAGCAAAAGCGCAAGGACCAACGCUCAAAGAUCGUGCAGAGCGAGCCCAGAAAGUUCAGCGCCGAGCGGCAGAAGCUCUUCCUCACGGUUCAGACGCUUGCCUGA